AUGACACUUGUUCAGAAGAUGCAGGUUGUAGACCAGAUCGCGUAUGCUUUACGACACAUGCACUCCAACGGCUAUGUCCAUCGCGACAUUAAGAUGGACAAUAUAUGUGUACGCUCAGCAGUGUCGUUGUCCGCAGCCCCCACUACCACUGAUACCACCCGAUCGGAUUAUGGCAGUCAAUCCAAUAAAGGGGCGGUUGUGGCCACACUCAUCGAUCUUGAGACAUGUAUGAAGGUGGAUGACAUUAACCCGAGUAACUUGGUGGGCACUCCCUUGUACUUUCAUCCUUUGGUCGUUACUAACCUGGAGCAAAGCAAGAACCCGUACGACGGAGAGGUAAAUGCCUAUGAUGUGGAUGUGUGGGCGUUUGCGGUUCUUGUGCUGGCCAUAUUUAGUCACGGUUAUGCGUGGGAAUCAGCCAGCCUAACCGAUAGCGGCUACCGAAAAUUCAAGUCCUAUACUCCCAACACUCCAGAUACGUGGGUCGAGGACUAUCGGAUCAUACACAUGGCCAAUUUGAACCACAAUGUCGUGGCUGAAAACAUGGUGUACACUGCUCUGCGGAUACUGCGAACUUGCGAGUCCCGAUGUCCACUUGAAAACCGGGGAACAGCAGACCUUGAGGCAUUUUCCUGGCGCCC